GGGAAAUAUAAACAGCGGGCACAGGCACGGCCGGGAUGCUGCCGCGGGACGGGCCGGGCCGGCCGGGAGCAGAGGCAGCGCUCGGGGCUGAGAGUUGAAGAUGGCAGAGCUGGAAAGCACAGUCAUAAACACCAAUGUAAACCAGAAAGACCCCAGCACGGCACUGGUCAUUGCUGUGACCACCAGAGCCAUCUUCAACCUGGAGGAGGAGCACAAGCUUUACCUGGAGAAGGGCAAGGAGGAGUACACAAGGCACCAGCAGGCCAACCAGGACAAGCCCCUGCCACCAGGCACAGCCUUUGCCUUCAUCCAGGCAGUGCAGUAUGUUAACAAGAAGAUCCUGGAGAGCAGCCCAGCAGAGAGGGACCUCUUUGACAUCCUGGUGCUCUCCAACAACAGCCCAGAGAGCGGCGUGCGCAUCAUCAACAGCGCCAAGCACUACGGGCUGGAGAUCUCCAAGUUCUGCUUUGUCAGCGAUGAGGACUCCACACAGUACCUGAAGUCCCACGGUGUGAAGCUGUUCCUCUCAGCUGACAGGACAGAUGUCUGCAAUGCCCUCCGGAGAGGGGUCUCGGCGGCGCUCGUCUUCCAGCAAGAGGUGCAGGCCCCCAGCACUCCGCUCCGCGUGGCGUUUGACGGGGACGCCGUGCUCUUCUCGGAUGAGACAGACCAGAUCUUCCAGGAGCAGGGCCUGGAGGGGGCAGUGCAGUACGAGCGGGCCAUGGAGGCCGUCCCCAUAGGAGAGGGCCCCCUGAAGGCUUUUGCCAUGCACCUCGGGAAGCUGCGUAAGAAGUUUGGCCAGGGAGAGUCCCCCAUCCGCACCUACCUGGUGACAGCGCGCAGCGGCCGGGACAUGGGCGUCCGAGCCAUCAAAACGCUCCGGGAAUGGGGACUGCCCAUCGACGAGGCUUUCUUCAUGGAUGGGGCUCCCAAAGGCCCCAUCCUCGCCCAGAUCCAGCCUCACAUUUUCUUUGAUGAUGGGCUUCAUAACAUCCAAGGGGCCCAGAAUGUGGGGGUUCCCUCUGCCUGGGUGCCUUCCUGCUGCUGAUGGGCUGCAGGCCAGCAGUUCUCCCUCCCAGCAACACAGGGGACUGGGUCAGUUGGAGGCAAAACUUCUGGUGGAGAAAGAAAGAUCUCCUAACGUGCAGCAAGCAAAUCUCAGGGAAAGGGAACGAGAGCAUGGACUCCCAUGCAAAGCUUGAUGCAUAUUUCUGCUCCUCAUAAGAGGCUCUUUACGUCUUAGGAUAAAGCCAGAAGACACAACUGCUCCAGGAUGGGAGGACACCUUUGCUGUGACACUGAGGACUACACCUACCUGCCAUGUAGGACCUGGGGACUUUUCUCAAAGAAAUUAGUGAAGCUAAUGCCAUACACACAAGAUGAAAGGAGCAAGAAAAAAAAAUGUUAGUUUU